ACUUGGCCAAUCAGGUGGCAUCAAAGCCCACGAGGAGAGACGUCGGUCUGGACGUUCAGUGUCCAGUGUUCGACUCUGCCCAACACACAUUGUGUUGUUGCUGGCUGCGGCCGGAGGGCAAGAUCGCGUCAUCCACGACGGGAUGGCACGGGACGACGAGGGGAAGGUACGAGUAGUGGCUGGACAGCUGCAGGUGGUGGAGCAGACUGAACCUCAUCCUCGAGGGCGGCCCCAGGUAGUGAGGGCUGCCUCUAAUGUUAUCCAAGCUGUGGUCAUCCCUAAUGGAAUUCCCCAGGGACAACAUCUCUUCCAGUUCCUGGUUAGGCCAAUGCAACAGGAAAUUUUGUUACCAAGUCCUCAGCUGCCAGCUUCCUGCGGCCCCGUCAUUGUUUCAUUGGAGCAUGACACGUUCCGCGGCCGCGCCUACCACUUCUCCUGGUGCCACCACGCGGGCCAGCUGUAUACACACCAACAGGCGGCCGCUUACUGCCGCACCCUCGCGCAGCACCAGCCACUGCAAUUUGAAGUAUUGAGCCUCGGGGACCUGGAAGAAGAGAACUUCAUCUCCCAAAACCUUGAAACCCAUCAAAUAACUUCCGUGUGGACCAAAGACUACAGCAACUCUGUGCCUCACAGCCUACACUCUUACAUCGACAGAUCGAGCAUCUCUCAGCCUGGUGAGGACUGCUUGGCAGUGGAGGCUGGCCUGCUGUUUGGCCGCAGCUCUGCCCUACACAAAAGUAAUUGUUUGGUCCGUAAGGCAGUCAUCUGUGAGGCAGAUCACCUCAUGUGAUGUGAUCCAUCACUCUCCUCUUUCUAUUUUUACUUUGGGAGGUUUUGAUUUUUACUGAUCGGCCAUAAAAAAAAAAAUAAAUAAAUAAAAAAUAAAUAAAUAAAAAUAAAUAGAUAAAUAAAAAAGA